CUCCAUUUUCUUCAUUCUUUUCGUCAAUGUUAGUUUAACUUAUUUUCAUAUUAGCCCCUCUAGUUCAUCUAAAUUACGCUUCGACCACUCUGGUUAUGUUCGCCGCCGUUCACCGGGAAACUGAGAGCCACCUCUCUGUGCCUGCUCUCGGCUUCCCUAGCCCCAGAUUCUUCCUCUACCGCCGCCUCGGUUAACCAAAAAACAAAAUCAACAAAAAAAUCUAUACUUACGUAUAAAUAUAUAGUACGAUAUAUUCAAACGAUACGAUAAUGCCUUCUCCGAGAAAUCACCGGAAAGGUACUGACGAGAAGAAUCGAAAAGGAAAGUUAUCGGAGAAAUCAAUGUCGUUUCACGGACAGAGCUCGGAGAGCACAACGCAGUUGCUGCGAAGGCCACGAACAGUACCGGAUUUGCUCUCCGCCGGUAGACUUGCCGCCGGAACCUCGCCGGAAGUGAAGGACCGGCUGAAGUUGACGAAGUUACUGUUAAAUGUAACGAUUCAGAGGAGUCUCGGUGCUGUGCAUGUUUUAAUAUCGCUCGAAUCGACGGUUGAGGACCUUAUCGCCGCCGCUAUCCGACAGUACACGAAGGAAGGACGGCGGCCGGUACUUACCUCCGGCAAUCCUACCGAUUACGAUCUUCAUUACUCGCAGUUUAGCUUAGAAAGUUUGAACAGAGAGGAGAAGCUGAUGGGAUUAGGUUCAAGGAAUUUCUUUUUGUGCCCAAAGAAGUCAAAUGCCGAAAGUGCUGGUGCUGUAACGACGUCGUCUUCUAGUUCUAGCUGUGCAAAGCAAGCUGAUACGGCUACUGCUAGUGCUACCAAGAUAGCCUUGCCUUGGCUUAAAUUCAUGGAUUUCUUGCGCUAGAAGUUCGAGAUUAUUGUAUACAACAUAUUAUACUAUAGAUGAAAGUUAGGGAGGUGAUUAAUUAAGAUUUAAGACCACCUCAAAAUUUAGAAUAAUGUUUACCUAUUAGAUUUAAAAUCUUUAUAUGUUUGCACAUUACAUGCCUGUUUAAGGUCAACUAUUUUCCUAUCGACCUUGAUGUUGCAGUAUGGUACCAUCUUAGGACCAGUGGCAAACCAGGAUUUUCAGGUCAAAAUAUUAAAAAAGUAAGUCCACGAAAAAGCAAAUAAGUGUUAAUAUAUAAUGUAUAUACAUUAAGAAAAUACUCAGUUAUACGACUGACCUUGAAUACAUUUGGCUUCGCUA